AUUCCGGAUUUCAUUGCAAAUGUAUGCAUGUUUUUGACAGCUGAAUUAACCGCUGUGUACCUCUGUUGGAGAUUAGCAAUCGUGGCACUUCCGGCUAUGUUUUUGCUGAUUAUUCCAGGGGUAAUUUACGGAAUUAUUUUAGCGAAAAACGAAGAGAAACUACAAGAAGCGUAUGCAGUUGCUGGUGGGAUAGCAGAACAGGCGUUUUCUUCGAUUAAAACGGUUCAUUCCUACGUUGGAGAGAAGAAAAUGGUGAGUCGGUUUUCAGAUGCGUUAAUACCAACUUUAGCUCUAGGUAUUAAACAAGGUUUGUUAAAAGGAAUGGUUUUCGGUAGCAUUGGAAUUAUAUUUUCUAUUUUCGCUCUUAUGAGUUGGUACGGGAGCAUCUUGGUCAUCAAAAAAGGAAUCAAAGGUGGAGAUAUCAUUACUUCAGGGGUAUGCAUUGUCUAUGGAGGAUUCGGUCUUGGAGCUUCUUUUAUGAACGUAAAACAUUUUGCCGAAGCUAAGAUUUCAGCAGCUCUCGUGAACGAAAUUAUUAACCGGGUCCCGGUUAUAGACUCGACAGACAAACAUGGAAAGAAGAUAUCGGUUGUCAAAGGCGAGCUGGAGUUUAAGGAUGUUGAGUUUGCAUACCCGUCAAGACCAGAAUGUUUGGUUUUAAAAAAAGUCAACGUCAAGAUCAAGCCGUGUCAGACCGUUGGGAUGGUUGGUCAAAGUGGGUCUGGUAAGUCAACGAUGGUCAACCUGCUAGAAAGAUUCUAUGAUCCGACUGAGGGAGUGAUACUACUCGAUGGGAUUGAUAUAAAGUCGCUCCAGUUAAAAUGGUUAAGAAGUCAAAUGGCUUUGGUGAGCCAAGAGCCUAUACUAUUUGCGACAACUAUCAAAGAGAAUAUUCUAUUCGGAAAAGAAGGUGCUACGAGUGACGAGGUUAUUAAAGCGGCUAAAAAAUCUAACGCUCAUAACUUCAUCAUGCAACUACCGAACGGGUAUAACACAAUGGUUGGAGAACUGGGAACACAAAUGUCAGGUGGGCAGAAGCAAAGGAUUUCAAUAGCAAGGGCACUAAUUAGAAAGCCGAAAAUCUUGCUUCUAGAUGAAGCCACAAGUUCUCUAGAUUCACAUGCGGAAAAAGCGGUACAAAAAGCUUUGACUCGAGCCUCGGAGGGGAGAACAACGAUAAUCAUUGCACAUCGUAUAGCUACAAUCCGUCAUGCAGGUUUAAUCGUUGUUAUGAAUUCAGGUGAAGUACUAGAGUCCGGUUCACAUGAUCAACUCAUUCAAAAUGCUUCUGGACCAUACUCAAUGAUGGUCAAGAUUCAGAAGUCAAUGGUCACUAACAGACUUAACAGUCAAACUUCACUACCAACUGAAGUCAAACCUCAAGUCAAAGAUACUCAUAUACCAAAAGAAAGAGUAGAUAAACAAAAAGUAUCAAAAGCCCAUUUCAAAGAAGUGAUAAAUAGACACUCAGAGGAAGUGUACAGUCAUCCAUCAUGGUGGCACCUUAUUCAGAUGACGAGACCCGAAUGGAAGUCAACGUUAACAGGAACCAUCGGUGCACUCAUCAGCGGUUCGGUUCAACCACUGGUCGCUUGUCUUCAAGCAGUAAUGCUGUCUAUAUUUUUUCUCAAAGAUCAUGCUGACAUCAGUUCACAAACACGAAAUUUAUGUUACGCCUACUUAACCGUAUCCGCUUACACCGUUGUUUCCAAUGUGAUCCAGCAUUAUUACUUUGGAAUCACGGGCGAAAACUUAACAAAAAAAAUAAGAUCAGCAAUGUUUGAAAAAAUCAUGAGUUUCGAGAUCGAGUGGUUCGACCAAGAAGACAACAGCACCGGCGCGCUAUGUUCGAGACUAUCUACCGAUACGUUAAUGGUAAGAAAUCUUGUAGCGGACCGUUUGGCCUUUUUCACACAGUCAAUAUCCGCUUCGGUUUUAGCUAUUGUUUGGGGGAUGAUAUUGUCUUGGAGACUAGCUAGCAUAGCUAUUGCUCUACAACUACUUAUCAUUGGCAGUUUUUACUUAAAAGUCGUAAUGACAAGAAACAUGUCGAAGAAAAUCUCGAUUGCGAGGAACAAGAGCAGCGGAAUAGCGAGUGAAGCGGUUAGUAAUCACCGAACGAUUACCGCGUAUUAUUCUCAAAAUAAGGUUAUGAGAUUAUACGAAGAUACACAAACAGGCCCGAAGAAAGAGAGCAAAAAGCAACCGUUAUAUGCAGGAAUGGCGUUAUUCACUCGACAGUUUCUAACAAAUAUAAAUAUGGCUGUGCUAUACUGGUACGGCGGGAAGCUUUUGUACAACGGUGAUAUCAGUUACAAGCAUUUGUUUCAGACAUUUUACGUUGUCGUAACAGCAGGGAUACUAAUUGCUGAAGCGGGAAGCAUGACUGGAGAUAUCUCUGUGGGAACACGUGCUUUAAAAUCGAUUUUUACGGUUCUACAAAGAGAAGGAAAGAUGGAAACCGGCCCGUUAAACCAUAUAAUUAACCCGAAAAGGAUUUAUGGGCAGAUAGAACUAAAACAGGUGGAAUUUGUCUACUUAACAAGGCCUAAAAAGAUGGUUCUUAAAGGUUUGAGUUUGAAGAUUGAAGCUGGAGAAGUUGCAGCACUUGUUGGAAUAAGUGGAUCUGGAAAGUCGACGAUUAUCGGAAUGAUUCAGAGAUUUUAUGAUCCUGUAGUGGGAUCUGUGAAAAUAGAUGGAGUUGAUAUUAAACGCUAUAAGAUUAAAGCGUUGAGAUCGUUUAUCGCGUGGGUGGGUCAGGAACCGAGUUUAUUUGCAGGAACGGUUAAAGAAAAUAUUGCUUAUGGGAAAGAGAAUGCAACAGAAGCGGAAAUCAUUCGAGCAGCAAGACUUGCAAAUAUCCAUGAAUUUAUAAGUUCCAUGAAAGACGGGUACGAUACAGUUUGUGGAGAAAGAGGCAUCCAGUUAUCAGGGGGGCAGAAGCAAAGAAUCGCCAUUGCCCGAGCAAUUUUGAAAAAUCCGGCAAUUUUACUACUUGACGAGGCGACAAGUGCACUAGAUUACAAAUCAGAGAUCGUUGUUCAAGACGCUUUAAAGAAAACCAUGGUCGGUAGGACCUGCGUGAUUGCAGCUCAUCGCUUAUCAACGAUACAAAGAUCAAAUAAAAUAGUGGUGCUUGACAAUGGGAGGGUUGUAGAACAAGGUUCUCAUGAUGAUUUGUUGGCUAGAGGGGAAAGAAGUGCAUACUACUCUCUUUUUAGAUCACAACAACAAUCUUUUUUUUAGUAACAUCCGAUUAUCGCGUAAUAGCGUCGAUGAUCCUAAGCAGAUAAACCUUAGUUUGCAAAUAAAAAGGUUAUUAAGAUCCCUAAACAUGAGUUCAUACAUCUCAAACUUUCAUCAAGAUCCAACUAAAACUUUCAAGAAAAAAAAAAAAAAAAAAAA